UUGUUUUGUUUGUAUGGUUUUUGUUCGUAACUGUGAUUUUGAGGUUAUGUAUGUUUACUUAUCAAUAAUUAAUAUUUUCUAUCUAUAUCAUAUUUUAAAACAUGAAUGAAACUAAAAAAUGCGAUCGAAAGAGAAAAAAGUUUGCCGCGCGACUUAAAACCUCGAAAGGAAUAUUAUGCGUCGAUCAACCGGGACCUAAUAUAGUAUUGUGUAACGUGGGGCAAGCUACAGGUUUUGAGAAAGCAGAUGUUAUCAAAUUGUUAGACACUGUGCGGCUUGGUGAGAAACUUUUAAACUUUAUAGCUGAGAAAGGUGAAUCGCAUUGCUACGUCGUAUUUAACGACUUUGAAAGCGCUAAACUAUUCUACGAUACAUACAACGGCACUAAAGCAGUUACACAAGUACCAAUUUAUAUGAGUUACGUUGAUAAUGUCCCAAAAAAUGAAGUAAUAUGCAAUUAUGAAAUACCUGAAGGCUUGAAAAUUAUAGAAAACUUCAUAACUGUGGAUGAGGAGAAAUCCUACAUACAACUAUUUGAUUGGGUUGAUGAAUCUAAUUUGAAGAAUCGUCAAGUAAAACACUAUGGAUAUGAAUUCAGAUAUGGUAGCAAUGAUGUGGAUUUGAGUACACCAUUGUCUGAGAAGAUCCCUGAAGAAUGUGAUGCAUUAUGGAGUAGGCUUAAAUCUUGUGGUAUUGAUUUUAGGAUACCAGAUCAGAUGACUGUUAAUAAAUAUAAUCCUGGUCAAGGCAUUCCAUCACAUGUGGAUAAACAUAGUCCAUUUGGUGACACAAUUCUGUCUCUUUCUCUCGGCUCACCAGUUGUGAUGGACUGGAGGCAUCACAGUGGAAAAUAUGUACCAUUGGUAGUACCAGCCCGGUCCUUGCUGGUCAUGCAGGGAGAAGCUAGAUACGAUUGGCAGCAUGGCAUCCAGCCUAGAGGAUGGGAUCCUAUCAUCGAGAUCCGUAGCAGCAACCAGAAUACCGACACCAAGGUGCGCGUCAUAACAAAUGACGUCACGCAGAGGCAGACUAGGAUCUCGCUAACAUUUCGCUGUACAAGGCGGGGGCCGUGCGACUGUAGGUACAAAGCGCUUUGUGACAGCGUACAGUCGAAGCUGAUUGAAGAUGGAGUUGCUUCUAGAUUGGAGGAGUUUCAUGUUCAUCAGGUGUACGAACAAAUCGCAGGUCAUUUUAGUUCAACGCGCCACAAGCCGUGGCCCAAAGUGGUGGAGUUCCUUCAGAGCACGCCGACCGGCGCCGUCGUACUGGACCUCGGAGCUGGCAAUGGGAAGAAUGUUUUGAAACAUCGUAACGAUAUAUUACAGCUAGCCGGCGAGCGCAGUGCAGGGCUACUGCGCGAGUGCGCGGCGCACGUGCGCGGCGCGAGCGCGGACUGCGUGCGCCUCGACCUGCUGCAGGCGCCGCUGCGCCGCGCGUGCGCCGACCGGGUCAUCUGCGUCGCCGUCGUACACCACUUCAGCAGCCAGGCUAGAAGACUGGAAGCGGUGUCCACUAUAGGUAGUCUUUUACGACCGGGGGGCAAAGCCCUAAUCACAGUGUGGGCAAAGGACCAAACCAAAUCCAACUAUCUUUCCAAAGACAAAGAAAACCAAGAGUCAAACCUGCACGUAACCAUAGACGGUAUAAACUUACCCAUACAUGAGAACAGAACACAAUUUAAACAUAACGAUUUAUUGGUGCCGUGGAAAUUGAGGAAAAUUAAGGAAAACAAGUUGGAAAAUCAAUCUAACACCACCUUACUGAGGUACUAUCACGUUUUCGAGGAAGGAGAGUUGGAUAACUUGUGCACGUCGGCAGAUUUGGUUGUAGAAAGGAGUUUUUAUGAAGAAGGAAAUUGGUGUGUUGUUUGUACAAAAGUUGAACUUUAAUAUAUUUUUGUUGUUUA